AUGCGCGCCGCUACUCUUGCUCUGGGGGCCUUGUCCCUCGGCCUGGCCCAGGCAUGGACGUAUCCUGACUGUGACCCUGACAACUGCUACAAUGAGAUGACGGACGAGCGGUUUUACAACCAGGUCAAGGAGUUUUGCCCCGGGUUUUUGGGUGGAAGCAUUGAGACUAUCCCGGAUUACCUCGAGAACUGUAGCAACGAUCGCAAGGCUGUCAGCUCUGCCUGCUCCUGCGUCACCUAUACCGCAACUCACACGACCGGGGCCUCUACUAUCCAGACCAGUGUUCCUGCCGUGACGACUACGGCCUCGGACACCACGGUUGCGCCCACGACCUCUAUCCCCGACAUCACCCAACCGCCCUCUUCUACCGUAACGAGUGCCCCGCCCACUUCAUCCACGACUACGGAUGAUGAUUCUGAUUGUGAGGAUGAGCCUGAGACUUCGACGGACGUUACUGUGCUGCCCUCUUCCUCGGCAGUCAGCACCUCGGCGACCAUCACCGUUCCCCCCUCUUCCUCGGCUACUAUCACCGUUCCUCCCAGCUCGGCAGUGAGCUCCGCUCCUGUCUCUUCGACCACCGAUGAUGAAUGCACUGACGACGAGCCCGAGACUUCGACUGACGUUACCGUCCCUCCCUCUUCUUCCGUCACCAUUACUGUUCCUCCCAGCUCGGUAGUGAGCUCCGUUCCCGUCUCUUCGACCACCGAUGAUGAAUGCACCGACGACGAGCCCGAGACUACAUCUUCGGUUGUGGUGGUUCCCUCUUCGUCCAUCCCCGUUACCAUCACUUCCGCGGCCCCCGUUUCAUCUACUACUUCGGCCCAGGAGUCCGGCACCACCGAGUGGACGACCAGCACCAUCGUCACCACCACCACCCGCACAAUCACGCAGUGCCCUACCACCGUCACCGACUGCCCUGCUCACUCAACCACCGUGACCACCGAGACCAUCACCAUCGGUACCACUGUCUGCCCUGUUACUUCGACCGCUUCCGAAUCCUCGGUCCCCCCGGUUACCGUCAUCCCCAGUGCAACUUCUUCGUCGGUCCCAGUUGGCAUCACUUCUGCGGCCCCUGUGUCCUCGACCUCGAAGGCUCCCGUCGAGUCUUCUUCUGAGUCCUCCACCGAGUGGACGACCAGCACCAUCAUCGCCACCACCACCCGGACCAUCACUCAGUGCCCCGUCACCGUAACUGACUGCCCUGCUCACUCGACCACCGUGACCACGGAGACUAUCACCAUCGGCACCACCGUCUGCCCUGUGACUUCUACCGCUUCCGAAUCUUCGGUCCCCGUCACCGUCACUUCUGCGGUCCCUGUGCCCUCGACCUCAGUCCCCAUUACUAUCACUUCCGCGGCCCCUGUUUCCUCGACCUCGGCUGCUCCCAUCGAGUCUUCGUCUGAAUCUUCCAUCGAGUGGACGACCAGCACCAUCGUCACCACUACCACUCACACUAUCACCAAGUGUCCCAUCACCGUCACCGACUGCCCAGCUCACUCGACCACCGUCACCACCGAGACUAUUACCAUUGGCACUACCGUUUGCCCUGUUGAGCCUACUUCCUCUUCGGUUCCCGUUACCAUGCCUAUCUUCACCUCCUCGGCUCCUGUGACCAUCCCCAUCGUCACUUCCUCGGCUGCUCCCAUUCCGAGCUCUAGCGCUGUGGUGGUCCCUCCUCCCGCUCCCAGCUCCAGCACCGUGGUUGUUCCUCCUCCCGCUCCCAGCUCCAGCGCCGUGGUUGUUCCUCCUCCCGCUCCCAGCUCCAGCACCGUGGUUGUUCCUCCUCCCGCUCCCAGCUCCAGCGCCGUGGUUGUUCCUCCUCCCGCUCCCAGCUCUAGCGCCGUGGUUGUUCCUCCUCCCGCUCCCAGCUCCAGCGCCGUGGUUAUCCCUCCUCCUGCUCCCAGCUCCAGCGCUAUCGUCAGCAGCGCUGCCCCCGUCCCUGUUCCCAGCAGCAGCACUUCUUCCGCUCCUUCCGUUUCCGCUCCUCCUGCCAUCAGCUCUACCAUCAGCUCCAUCGUUGUCGUCCCUAGCUCCAGCGCCGUCCCUCCCCCACCUGUGGAGGCUGGUGCGAAUGCUGCGGCGAGGAGUGGAUUGCUGGGUGUUGUCGGGUUGCUGUUCGCUCUUCUUUAA